AUGUCGAAGCGCAGUAUAGAGGCCGACGAGGCGAGCGGGGCACUGAAAGCUGGUGACCGGCCCAUGGAGGACGCCCCGCCAAACGAGAUAGGAGAUUUUGAAGACGAGUUUGAAGACGAGUUUGAGAGCGAAGAUGAGAUCCUCGAGGCUGGUGUUGACGGCCGGCCAGAUGCAGAGCGCGAAGCUGAAGAGCAAAGGGAUGCAAUGGAGGUGGACAAACAGACAUUCAUCCCCGGAAGGACAAAACUAGGCCCCGGGGAGACUCUGUCGCCCGAUCCGUCCACAUACGAUAUGCUUCAUACACUAAGCACGCCAUGGCCGUGUCUUUCAUUCGAUAUCGUGAAGGAUAGCCUGGGCGAUAACAGAAAAUUGUACCCAGCAACCGUAUAUGCAGUGUCCGGUACACAGGCAGAGUCGAGGAGGGCAAAAGACAAUGAGCUUAUGGUGCUCAAAUUGAGCGGGCUGAACAGGAUGGAACGUGAGCCCAACGAAGACGAGGACGAUGAGUCAGAUUCAGACGACGAUUCUCCUUCGGAGCCCAUCCUCGAGUCAAAGUCGAUACCCCUAAACUCUACAACGAACCGGAUCCGGUCACACCAAACACCACAUGCAUCAGGGGACCCCACGAAACCUCCCCAGACACUUGCCGCGUGCAUGCUGGAAAAUUCACAGAUUGUGAUCCAUGAUGUAUCGCAACAUCUGGCCAGCUUUGAUAACCCCGGCUUAAUACUUCCGCCAUCGGCGGCCAAACCUCUCUCUACACUACGAAUGCAUAAAUCUGAGGGUUACGCACUUGACUGGUCUCCUCUUUACCCUCUAGGGAAACUACUCACGGGCGACAAUGAUGGCCUCAUAUACGUAACCACUCGAUCCGAGGGUGGCGGAUGGGUUACCGACUCGCGACCAUUUGUUGGCCAUACAUCAUCCGUCGAAGAAAUUCAGUGGUCCCCCAACGAGAAGAACGUAUUUGCGUCCGCCAGCAGCGAUGGGAGCGUUAAAAUAUGGGAUGUUCGGUCCAAAUCACGAAAACCAGCAGUGGAUGUUAAGAUCUCCAACACAGACAUCAACGUCAUGAGUUGGUCAAAGCAGACUUUCCACCUCCUUGCCACAGGUGCUGAUGAUGGUCAAUGGGGUGUUUGGGACUUGAGGCAGUGGAAACCCGAAUCUUCAAAUGGCGGCUCCUCCCAGUUCAAGCCCGAGGCAGUAGCCUCGUUUGAUUUCCAUACGGAGCCCAUCACGAGCAUCGAAUGGCACCCAACUGACGACAGUGUUGUUGCUGUUAGCUCGGCGGAUAACACACUUACACUUUGGGAUCUUGCCGUAGAGAUCGAUGACGAGGAAACCCGAGAAGAAGCUGGCUUGGCAGAUGUCCCAUCACAGCUGUUGUUUGUCCAUUAUAUGGAGAUGGUAAAGGAGUUGCAUUGGCAGGAACAGAUGCCAGGUACGAUCAUGGCUACUGGAGGUAAUGGCUUCGGUGUUUUCAAAACCAUCAGUGUUUAA